UUGCAUCCAGAAAUCUUUAGACGAUAUCGCACAAAAUUCAGCCAUUCGAAAUGACGUUCCUUCACAACAAACAGGCUCAAAACAAAAGAAUUCUGAUACUGGAAAUACGUUGUCUAGCAAUGAAAGCAUGUCUGUUGUCGAUGUAUUGAAAGGUGAUUGCAUCCAGAAAUCUUUAGACGAUAUCGCACAAAAUUCAGCCAUUCGAAAUGACGUUCCUUCACAACAAACAGGCUCAAAACAAAAGAAUUCUGAUACUGGAAAUACGUUGUCUAGCAAUGAAAGCAUGUCUGUUGUCGAUGUAUUGAAAGGUGAUUGCAUCCAGAAAUCUUUAGACGAUAUCUCACAAAAUUCAGCCAUUCGAAAUGACGUUCCUUCACAACAAACAGGCUUAAAACAAAAGAAUUCUGAUACUGGAAAUACGUUGUCUAGCAAUGAAAGCACGUCUGUUGUCGAUGAAUUGAAAGGUGAUUGCAUCCAGAAAUCUUUAGACGAUAUCUCACAAAAUUCAGCCAUUCGAAAUGACGUUCCUUCACAACAAACAGGCUUAAAACAAAAGAAUUCUGAUACUGGAAAUACGUUGUCUAGCAAUGAAAGCACGUCUGUUGUCGAUGAAUUGAAAGGUGAUUGCAUCCAGAAAUCUUUAGACGAUAUCUCACAAAAUUCAGCCAUUCGAAAUGACGUUCCUUCACAACAAACAGGCUUAAAACAAAAGAAUUCUGAUACUGGAAAUACGUUGUCUAGCAAUGAAAGCACGUCUGUU